AAUUCAUUGGCUUCUUUCGGGAAUUCGAUUCCAAUUUGGUUUCGUAAUGCUCCAGCUUUCUCGGAUUGUAGAACAUUCCGAGUUGUUGGGGUCCUAGGAUUGUCUGGAGGAUUUUGGUUUGGAAUUGGGGGUUUUGUAUUUGAUUUUGUUUGGAUCCCGCUCGUAUUGUCUAUUCGUUUUUGGGUUCUGAAAUUUGACGUUUUCGAAGGUACUCUUGAUUAGCAUAACAACUGCUGCGUUCUUUUACUGAGUAUUUUGAUACUGAACUGUGGGACAGAUGGCAGAGGAGGGUCAUAGGGUUACUUUGAAUGUAUAUGACCUAAGCCAAGGGCUAGCUAGACAGAUGUCUAUGGCAUUCAUAGGGAAGGCCAUUGAGGGCAUAUGGCAUACAGGAGUCUCAGUUUACGGUAACGAGUACUAUUUUGGGGGAGGCAUACAACACGCUCCUGCUGGAGCGACACCAUAUGGGACACCAAUUCGGGUGGUAGAAUUAGGUGAAACACAUGUCCCCAAGGAUGUUUUUGAGUCGUAUUUACAGGAGAUCAGUCCCCGAUAUACUGCGGAGACCUAUAGUCUUGUAACUCACAAUUGCAAUAACUUUAGCAAUGAGGUUGCUCAGUUUUUGGUUGGUGCAACCAUACCCGACUAUAUUCUGCAGCUUCCUAAUGAAAUUAUGAGCAGUCCAAUGGGAGCUCUUAUAUUGCCUAUGAUUCAAAAUUUGGAAAUGACUUUGAAAAGUGGCGCUGCUCCUCAAGCUCCACAAUUCAGGCCUCCUUCUGCAGUCCAGCCAACAGCUGAUGUGACGAAACCCUUGAGUAAUUCUAACAAUGCGGCUGCUGAUAAAUCAAAAUCUGGAGGGCAGCUCUCCAAGCCGGAGGAGAAUAAAAAGUCAGGGAGUUCUCUUAAACCUGGCAAUGGGGUUGUAGAUCCUCUUGGGGAUGCUCGAAGUAAGGUGCAAGAAGAGAUUGCGGCUGAAUUUGCUGCACUCAUGGCAAGUGGAACAUUGCGUGCAAGUGAGGCUGCAGCACUGGCAACAAGAAAAGUUAUGGAGAGAUAUGGUCAUGCAGGCACACCAAUGUCACAGAGUUGAGAGUUAUAUGGACAAUAUUUCUGUCUUUUCAGACUUGUGGUUUGACUUUCACCUAUUUGAGGGAAGAUGUGAUUCGAUUUGCUUCUGAUUUGUAUUGGUACUGAUUGCUUCUCCUACCACCCUUUUUCAAUGUUUGUAUUUUAAAGAAGCAACAUAGUCCCUUGUACCUAGCUGAUCAGACUCUAGGAUUUGUGGGAUUCUUGAGGAAAUAUUUCCUCUUCCUGCAUAAUUGAUUAAUAAUAUAAUAAUUUCAUGGGUUAAUUACAUAUAAA